AAGCCUUGCAGGCAAUACGUCAGGUGUUCCCAUCAAAGAGAUUUUAACACUAAUACCUAUUGAACGCUUGGAAUUAUCUAUGGCUGUUGUCAAUUCAAUAAUUUAAAUUUCGAACAGUUUUCAAAUAUCGAACAGAUAAAAAAAUAACGAAUGGCUGCGAUUUAAUUAGUGCGUGAAUUGUAUGAGUACUUUUAAUUUGUCUGCUCUAUUUAUUAAUGGAUAAAUUGGACAGCCGAUUAUACUAACUCGUAUAAUAAAAAAUACAUUGUCUCAUCAUGUACGGGUGGUUGUUGGAAAGCGUCCAACACUUUAUAGUGGAAGAAUGUGGUGAGGAUAUAUGGGAAACGAUACUACGAGAAGCGGGGGCGAGGAAUACAGUCUUCAGUGCUACACAGCAAUACCCAGACGCCCUCAUGCUUCGACUGGCUUGCGCCUUAGCUCGCCUUCUCUCCAUAGAUCCCAACAGCCCAGCUACAUCGCGACCGAGCAGUCCAGCGCCAAGGAAAACCUCACUGAAAUCCAAACCCAGCUGGCGAAGUGCCUCAGUCCACGCCGACAACAGAACUCAAAACUUCAAAUGUCCCUUCACAGCAACUAACGUUCUGACAGCUGUUACUAAGAAAGAAAUAGAUUCCUACAACUCCACUGAGGAGAUACGACCUUCUGUCACAAUGUCAUCUGAUAGAAUCAACGAGAGGAAAGAACUUGAGAUUGUUAAGAGAGAUUUUAAGAGAAGGAGUCUGGGCAUUAAAUUGGAAGAGCAUAAAGCUAAGGAAUCGAUUGAAGAGUCCAUUCCUGAAUGCAGUCACGUUGAGAGUGAGACUGUUCCGAAUACUGAAGACUCGGUGCCUAAUGCUGAAAUGCCGAAUGCUGAAAUACCGAAUGCUGAAAUUCCGAAUUCUCCAGAGUCUGAUAACAGUAAGAGAAAUUCUAUAUUGAAGCCACCACGGAAGAGCAGCUGCACUGUUGCUUUAGACGUGUACAGACGUCGUGGAUCGUUGGUACCAUCGAGACAACGGCUUAACAGUAUCGGUUUAGUGUCUGGAGAGAAACUGAACUUUAUGAGAGAAAAGUUUGCAACGCCGGAGAAGGUUAUGCAUUUCUUUGGCCGAUGCUUCGUAAAAUUCUUCAGUAAUUAUGGGUACGACACAAUGAUCCGAGCGACGGGCCGGUACUUCUGCACCUUCCUGCAGUCUGUGGACAACAUCCACCAGCGCAUGCGCUACACCUUCCCCAGGAUGCGGUCUCCGAGCAUGCAGCUCACGCGCGCUCACAGACACGGCGCUGAGCUGGUCUACAGCAGCGGCAGGACUGGAUUCACACAUUAUCUUAUGGGUCAGCUGUACGAAAUUGCUGAAGAUAUAUUCUCGCUGAAAUUGAAAGUGUCCGUGGUUAAGGAAUCUAUGGAGGGGAACUACUACGUGGCGGUGCUUCGUUUGGAGUUCGACAACAGUGAUUACGUACAAUCGCUGAUGAAUCGCAAGAACAUAUCUUGCCCUUUACCAUCAGUUCCCGCUUCAGUUCUGUUACAGCUGUUCCCUUUCGGCGUUCUUCUGGACCGCAGAAUGAAGAUCCUCAUGGCUGGUGAUAAGUUAGUAGAGGCGUGGGGUGGCCCAUUUAAUCGCAUCGAAAAAUCAAACAUCGGGGAAGUGCUGCGCCUCAGGAAACCCAAAGUGUCAUUCACUUGGGACAAGGUGGUCUGUAUGCAGACAAUGAUCUUCGAGUUAGAGCUAAUGAGAUGGCGAGCACGAACUAUGAAUGACGCGCGGCGAGGCUCGCAAGGCGCGCGCUCCAUCCUGCUGCGAGGACCUAUAUACCUGCUCGAGGAGAUAGAUGCCCUCAUCUUCCUUUGCAGUCCAAUCUUCAACGACCUGGACGAACUCCGCCUUGCGGGGCUCUAUCUUGCUGAUAUGAACGGUCAUGGUCUCUCCAAAGAGAUGCUUCUCAACGGCUGGCAACAUCUUUCUAGACUUGAACUGCUCUUCGAAAAGGCAGAGAACAGGAGUUUGUCUUUGGAGAAGUCUUGCAGACUGCUUGAUCAAUGGAAGAAGAGGGGAGAUCAGCUGCUAUACUCCAUGAUACCUAAGGGUAUUGCAGACCAUUUAAGGGCAGGGAGGGAUCAGAUGGCUGCUUGUCAAGCAUUUGAGAGCGUGACGAUAAUAUUUUGCGGAGUGCAGCUCGCGGAGGCGGGCACGAGGGCUGACGUGAUGCAAACCGUCGCCUACAUGAACGACGUGUACUCCAGGAUCGACAGGCUGCUUGACUCCCAUCGGGUUUAUAAAGUGGAGACGGUGGGCACGGUGUACAUGCUGGUGUCGGGCGCGCCCGAGCGGCGCCGCGCGCACGCCGCCGCCGCCGCCAGCGCCGCGCUCGCCGUCGCGCGCGCGCUGCCGCUGCUCACCAUCGGGAUCCACUCGGGGCCGUGCGUGGCGGGCGUGCUGGGGCGGCGCCUGCCGCGCUACUGCCUCGUCGGCGACACCGUCAACACGGCCAGCAGGAUGCAGACCAGCUCGGAGCCUGGUCGUAUCCAGAUAUCAGCAAAAACUGCAGCCGAGCUGCCGGCCGGCAGGUUCAGACUCCGACAAAGGGGGCUGAUCAAAGUUAAGGGCAAAGGCAUGAUGGAAACGUUCUGGUUAGAAGGCGAAAUCGAAGAACAGGAACAAGACGAGGCCCUGCAGUUAUUUUCGGUUUUAUGUGGCGACGCCUAAUGUGAACAUGACAUAUAGUAGAUGUUAUAUUCAUGAAAAUAUUCAAAGAUGUAAAAUUAGAUAUUUCUUAAGAUUUCUCUCAAAUAUUAGACGUUUUUAAAUAUCCAUUAUAAAAGUUACAGUCUGACCAGGAAAAUAAAAACCCUGCUUUGAGGCGCAUUAUUGCUUUUGAGUUUUAAAAUUUAACGUUGUCAGUAUAAGAAAUUAUUUCCAUGUUUUAUAACAUAACUAGCAGUGGUGAAGGGUUCAUAAACCCGAUUCCUGGCGGCUACUCUUUCGUAAAUUAUGUAAAGUAUAAUUUUCAUUACGACUCAAAAGGCUAAUUUACUUAAGCGACAUUUUUUGCGACAUUCAGUUUCAUACCGACGCUUGAAAGGCAAUCAUAUCUAAGCGACAAUCAGUAAUUUUUUGCUUU